AUGGUCGUUCUCGCAGCGUCGAUAUGCACCCGCGGGGGUAAGGCAGUACUUUCACGCCAAUUCCGGGAAAUCGCUCGUUCUAGAAUUGAAGCCUUGCUCGCGUCCUUCCCCAAGCUGGCUGAUUCGGGAACCCAACACACGAUCGUCGAACAAGACAAUGUGCGCUUCGUCUACCAGCCGCUCGAUGAGCUGUACAUUGUCCUUAUCACCAACCGCCAAUCGAACAUCCUCCAAGACAUUGACAGCCUUCAUUUGUUUGCCCAAGUGACCACCAGCAUCUGUAAAAGCUUGGACGAGAGGGAGAUCUUGCGUAAUGCCUUCGAGUUGCUCAGCGCGUUCGACGAAUUGGUGACAUUGGGCUACAGGGAGAACCUGACCCUAUCUCAGAUCAAGACCUUCCUGGAAAUGGAAAGUCACGAGGAGAGAAUACAAGAGAUCAUUGAGAGGAACAAAGAGCUCGAGGCCAGUGAAGAACGCAAGAGAAAGGCAAAACAACUGGAGCUGCAGCGGAAGGAGGCAGCGCGGACUGGUCGUACCCCCACACCAAGAACUCCAUCCUAUCCCGUCUACAGCCCUCCGUCGCGCCCUGCUGUGCCCGAUACCUAUGAUUCCUACGAAGCAGAGAAGAAGAAGACGUUUGCCAAGCCCCUUCCCACCCGCGGAAAAGGAAUGCAACUCGGCAAGAAGAACACAGAUAUCUACGAGAAGAUUCGCGGUGACUUGGGCCCUGAAGCCGAAGAAUCGAGCCCCUUGGUGACUCCGCAAGCCUCAACCCCUGUGGUCGACAAGGCACCAUCCGCCCGUGCUUCCCUGUCUGCAGACCGAGAACCAGUCCACGUUACUAUUGCCGAGACCAUUUCCGCCGCGCUAACUCGAGAAGGCGCAUUGAGAUCCUUUGAAGUAAAGGGUGACCUCCAACUCCGUAUCACCGACCCAUCUUUCACAAAGCUCAGACUCGACCUUCUCGCCACUCCUACACAUGGCGCGCAAUUCCGCACCCACCCGAACGUUGACAAGGCUGCCUUUACCAAUUCAUCCAUUAUCCAGUUAAAGGACACAUCCAAGCGGUUCCCCGCCAACAACUCUAUCGGCGUCUUGCGCUGGCGUGUCGCCAGUUCCGGUUCCGACAAUGCCGACAUUCUUCCCAUCACAUUCACGGUCUGGGUGAACAAGGGCUCCGACUCCACCACUGUUACGGUUGAGUACGAGCUUACUGGCUCCGAUAGUUUGCGUGACGUCGUCGUCACGGUGCCGUACGGCGCAGCCGAGCCCGUGGUGUCUAGCUUUGACGCGGUGUAUGAAGUUUCUGGGGAUAGCUUGGACUGGAACAUUGGCACUGUGGAUGAGAACAACGCAUCUGGCAGUUUCGAGUUCGAGUCUGCUGACGGCGGUGACGAGAGUGACUACUUCCCCAUGAAUGUGCGGUUCACCAAGGCCAAUCCUUUUGUCGAGGUCGAUGUUACAAAUGUUGCUCUACUGGAGAUGGAAGGUGAAAGCACCGGCUUCUCCAAGGAUAUUAAGAGCGUUGCGGAAGGCUACACGAUCGAGUAA